UCAGAACACAUACCGGGUGACCUAGGAAGAGGUAUCAUCAAGGGUGAAGCCAAGAAACUAUCAAUGCAGCAUGCGGAGACUGAUUCAGAACACUUACCGGGUGACCUUGGAAGAGGUAUCAUCAAGGGGGAAGCCAAGAAACUAUCAAUGCAGCAUGCGGAGACUGAUUCAGAACACUUACCGGGUGACCUUGGAAGAGCUAUCAUCAAGGGGGAAGCCAAGAAACUAUCAAUGCAGCAUGCGGAGACUGAUUCAGAACACUUACCGGGUGACCUUGGAAGAGGUAUCAUCAAGGGGGAAGCCAAGAAACUAUCAAUGCAGCAUGCGGAGACUGAUUCAGAACACUUACCGGGUGACCUUGGAAGAGCUAUCAUCAAGGGGGAAGCCAAGAAACUAUCAAUGCAGCAUGCGGAGAGUGAUUCAGAACACUUACCGGGUGACCUUGGAAGAGCUAUCAUCAAGGGGGAAGCCAAGAAACUAUCAAUGCAGCAUGCGGAGACUGAUUCAGAACAGUUACCGGGUGACCUUGGAAAAGCUAUCAUCAAGGGGGAAGCCAAGAAACUAUCAAUGCAGCAUGCGGAGACUGAUUCAGAACACUUACCGGGUGACCUUGGAAGAGGUAUCAUCAAGGGGGAAGCCAAGAAACUAUCAAUGCAGCAUGCGGAGAGUGAUUCAGAACACUUACCGGGUGACCUUGGAAGAGCUAUCAUCAAGGGGGAAGCCAAGAAACUAUCAAUGCAGCAUGCGGUAGGGGCUAGUGCGGAACGCUCAACAGAUGAAACUGCAGGUGGCGUAAUAAAGGGACAGCUGAAGACACAAUCAAUGGAACUCCUUG